AUGGCUUCAGAGACUUGUGUGAAAAUGCUUCAGACAGAUCUUACAUUCAGAGAGUGCAUGGAGAAAGAAGAGUCUGGUAAAGAUCUUCAAAGAAAAUGUCUGACAGUUCUACCUCCUUUAACACUUGCCAAGUUUUCUUAUUGCCUUUUCAUCAUUGCAGUCCUAACUGCAGGUGUGGUUGCACUUCCUAUUGUUCUGUCAGUGAGACAGAAAAAGGUGGUCUCAGCGCCCUCUCUGUAUGCUGCCUGCCCAGAAAGCUGGAUUGGAUUUGGAAGUAAAUGUUUUUAUUUUUCUAAAAACGCAAGGAAUUGGACCUUCAGUCAAACCUUCUGUGCCUCCUUAGAAGCCAACCUUGCUCAAUUUGAAACUCUGGAGGAAUUGAAUUUCCUGGAAAGAUACAAAGGCCCCUCUGACCAUUGGAUUGGCCUGAGCCGAGAAUCAGCACAGGACAUUUGGAAGUGGACAGACAACGCUGAAUACACCCUCUCGUUUGACAUCAGAGGAUUUGGAGAAUGUGCCUAUCUAAAUGACAAUGGAAUCAGUAGUGCCAGGAUCUACACAGAUAAGAAAUGGAUUUGUAGCAAGCCAAACAGUUAUGUCAGCAGCUGCCAAAUUACAGACCUUUAAG